CGAAAGCCUCAUUUAAAGCCCACGGAUCCCACCCCACACCCUUCGUCCUCCUCGAUCCUACCACCCCCCAGUCCCUGUUCCCCUCCUCUCGCCGCCAUGGCCAAGCAGAGGCUUCUCGCUCUCCUCCUGGUCACGGCCCUCCUCGCGCUCUCCCUCUCGCAAGGGCUGGUGGAGGCGCGGAAGGUACAGGUGAUGCGGGCGGCGCCGCGCAACGGGCGGGCGCUCCGCGGGCGGCUGCUGCCGGAGGAGAUGGUGUACACGAUGAUGGACUACGGGCCGCCCACGGCCAACACCAACACCCACGGCGGCAUGGUCCCGACGCCGGACCCCUCCUCGCCGCCGACGCACUGAUAGACCGACCGACCGACCGACCGGCGGGCGGCGGCGUAGUAUGAGUAUCUGCGUAUAUAUUUCCACACACACAUAUAUUUGGGGAUUGGAGUGUGUUGUCUCUGAAGGCUGGAAGGGGAAGGGAUCAUCAGAGUAAGCUGCUGCCCUUCUCCCUCCUUGGCGUCCGCAUAGCGCAAGCGCGUAGUAGGAUUGCAGUGCUUUGUUGAUCGGAAUUCGAGUUGUUCGUGGAACAGUGGGUGUAGAGCGAUGUGUAUCGGGUGAGAUGUCAACGCAAAUCGUUUCGUUUUCGUUCGUUCUGAACUUCUGAUCAGUGAUCACCUUGUUCGAUCGCCUGUGUUUGUUUUGUUCGGGGAGUUUGGACGUACGUACUUAUGGUGACUUGAUGAAUUUUGUACGAAUCUGUUUAUAUGCCAUCUGUAUACGAUCAGUGGAUGAAUGCUCUCGUGGAAUUAAAUUUGUCGGCAAUAAUGCGCCAGUGAUC